AUGCGACUCCAUGCGUGCUUCUUCAACGGGUGCACCAACCCGCGCCUUCCCAUGAGCGUCAAGUGCGACUUCCACAAGCACCGUCUCCAGUGCCUCCACGACGGCUGCCACAACCAAGUGUACGCGCGCCAUCGCUGCGUGCGCCAUGGCGGCAAGCUGCGCUGCGCCCACCCGACUUGCGACCGCAACGUCCGCCUCGGCGCCUUUUGCUCGACGCACGGCCAGUCGACCGCGAAGCGCCACUGCUCCGAGCCCGGCUGCACGACGCAGGCCCACGCCCGCGGUCUCUGUGUGCGCCACGGCGGUGGCCGGCCGUGCGCCGCGCCUGGGUGCCCGCUCCACGCCCGCACGCGCGGCUUUUGCGCGCGCCACGCGCGCGACGAAAGCCUUGCAGCGUCGCUGGGUGUCUUCGACGCGCGCACGCACGACAGCGCUGCCCAUGCGCGGACCGGCGGCGUCUGCUGUCGCCACGCGCAGGAGCGGCCUGCACUCUCGCCAACGGGCACCAAAAGCCUCGCUUUGUGGCCGCGCCCGAGUCUCGGGCUCAGUAGCCCCGUCACCGUCGUCGACGUCGCCGCAUCGUUAUUGUGCGUGGACCACGGUAGGCAUGCCUCGCUCGACUGGCUCGGAACCUUCGAGUCGUCGUCGUCGUCGUCAUUGGGUCUCGUGGAUCCGAUGACCGACAUUGGUUCCAUGCUUCUGCCAGACUUGGAGCUCGAGCUACUGGACUUUACCAGCACGACAACAUAG